UCGUUGCCUUGAUUGAACAGCUUUCUGUCGUCCAUCGUCUCGGUGCGAUUAUUUAAUUCACUUGUCGCUUUCCAGUUUUUGAAAGAGAUUUGUAUUGUCAAUGCUUGCUUUUGUAACUUUUUCUUCCAACUUGAAAGGUCUUCAACACAAGUUUGAUUAUUCUAAGAGACUAUCUAAAAAGGAUCGACCUGAUUCGAGACCAAAACAUCCUACCAUUCCUUGGACUAGGAAGUUUUGGUUGAAUGCAGUAGUUUCAGGAAACCAAAACACGACACUUCAAACCACAUCCUUUAAUGAAAGACUAUUACAUAACGAAAGUGAAAGAAUCGGAAAAGUUUUACGUCCUGUUGUUCCAAUAUUGAUGGGAUCCAGUGCAGAUUUGGAACGUUGUCAGAAGAUAGCUGCUGCUUGUAAACAAUUGGGAUUGGAUACCGAAUUACGAAUUGCCUCUGCACACAAGAUACCUGAAAGAUUGCUAGAUAUUGUGAAAACAUAUGAAGCAGAUGCAAGACCAAAAGUAUAUAUUGCUGUGGCUGGAAGAUCCAAUGCUUUAAGUGGAGUGUUGGACUGUGCCGUCUCUGCACCAGUUAUUUCUUGUCCACCUUAUAGUGAUUCUUAUGGAGGAGCAGAUUUGUUUUCCUCGAUUCGAAUGCCUUCUGGUGUAGCUCCAGCAUAUAUUAGUGAGCCUGGAUCAGCAGCUUUAUUUGCUGCAAAGAUUUUGGCGAUAUAUGACGAAAGAAUACGCGAGAAAGUUCAAGAAUUACAAGCUGCCUAUAGAGAACGCCUUUAUGUGGAAGAUGUCGAUUUGAAGACAAAAUCUUAUGUUCCUAAAAUUCGAGCACUGCGUGAACAAUGUCUAAGUAUUACUUCUCUACCGGGCAAUUUACAUAAAAAACAAGGAAAAGUUCGCGAUCAAUAUGAAGGAACGGAAUAUAUGAUUCUUAUUACGACUGAUCGUCAAAGUGCAUUUGAUAGAGUGCUUGCAUCCAUUCCAUUCAAGGGUCAAGUAUUAAAUCAGACUUCGGCUUGGUGGUUUGAAAGAACGAAACAUAUUAUUCCCAAUCAUUUGGUAGCUGUACCACAUCCAUAUAUAACUAUUGCAAAGAAGUGUCAACCAUUUCCAAUUGAAUUUGUAGUAAGAGGUUAUAUCACUGGGUCCACAGAAACUUCUUUAUGGAAAAAUUAUGAAAAAGGAAUACGUCAUUAUUGUGGAAUCACAUUUCCUGAUGGUUUAGUUAAGAACCAGAAAUUGGAAGAAAAUGUUUUGACUCCAACCACGAAAGAGACAAAUGAUCGACCCAUUUCACCUGAAGAAAUUGUUGCAGAAAAGUGGAUGACGAAAGAAGAAUUUGAAUAUUGUAAGAGAGCAGCAUUGGAACUGUUUGCCUUUGGACAACAAGUGGCUAGAGAGCAUGGCUUGAUAUUGGUGGAUACGAAAUAUGAGUUUGGUAGAGAUAAGGAUGGCAAUAUUUUGGUGAUUGACGAAAUGCAUACUCCAGACUCUUCCAGAUAUUGGUUAUCACAUUCUUAUGAAGAAAGAAUGAGCCAAGGAAAAGAACCAGAAAAUAUUGACAAGGAGUUUUUAAGACUUUGGUUCCGUGACCAUUGCGAUCCUUAUCACGAUACUGUGUUACCUGAAGCUCCAGAAGAAUUAGUAGUAGAGUUGAGUAGAAGAUAUAUUAUGUUGUACGAACUUAUCACGUGGCAAAAUUUCGAGUGGGAUUUGGAUGCCGCGUCUUCUUUAUGGGAAGCAGUAAGGCCUUAUUGCAAGAGUUGAAUAUGAUAAAGAGAACUUGAUAGAA